UGUCUUCCCCAGACCUGCCUUUCUGAAGACAGAUCCACGGGGACUAGCGUGAGUGGCCAGAUUUGUCCUCCGAGGAUAUUACCUGGAAGUUGAACAGAGAAAUCGAUGCCAACAUGGAAUCCUCUAAGGUGACCUUGUGGUCCAAAGAUGAGCCAUGACAGUCUCCAAAUAAAAGGCCUAAUUCAUCGGGGAGAAGCCCCUGCAAGUCCAGUGUGCACAGCAGGUAUUGAGGCCCCAGUGCCUGGAACUCCCCAUGAGGGACUAUACGGGCAGUAUGGGCUCAGCCCUGGCUUUCUGCUUGGUCUUCAUCUCUGCCUGUGGCCUAGUCUCCCCUGCCUGGUUCCAAAGUGAUCGUUUUUCUUUUGGACUCUUUGCCUCAUGCUCCUGGCCUGUGGGUAAAGCCUGGAACCAGACCUGUGUGGCUUACAGGACACUGGAGGAUAUGCCUGACCUGGCCUGGAAGGCCUCAGCUGCGCUGCUUCUGGGAGGCUGGCUCCUGCUGGCCUUGCAGGCCCUGCUCCUCCUCUCCUGGACCAUCUUCCCUGAGGACUUCUGCCCCGUGAAAGGGCGCAUCCCAACCCAGUACUUACAAGUAGCAUCUGUCAUCACCACUUUCCUGGGCCUGUUGCUUUUUCCAUGCAGCCUGGCCUCCCACGUGGCUCAGAACGCCUGUGGCCCUUCGGCCGUGUACAGCAGUGGUCGAUGCCACCUGGGCUGGGGCUACAUCACCGCCAUCUUGGCUCUGCUCUUCACCAGCUUCUUGCCCAUCAUCUGGAGAUUCCAAGGAGACAAGACCCGGAAGAAGAAGAUUCUUUACUCUAGCAUCACUGAAAGAAUUGCCUGCGUUUCAAAUAGAUAAUGUCCAGCUUCUCCGCAAAUUACUGCUUCCUGCUGCCACCUAGUGGCUGUGAUGCCUUCCUGCAAGAUGCUCCCGGCUAGAAGAGACCUCUACCCAGGGAUGAGGGUAGGGAUGAAUAGAGUUUAAGAGGCAGCGGACUUGUCCCUAGUUCACUGUGUGAUCUUGGGCUAGUCACCUGCCCUCUGAGCCAAACAAUAGGCGUGGACAAGUCUGAGGCUCCCAACUUGAGGUCCAUGGACCACAAAAGAGUCCUCAGAUAGAAUUUAGGGGGUCUGUAACCUUGGAUGGGAAAAAUUCUGUUGUUUUUUUCAUUAACUUCGAAUUCAAAUUUGCCAUUU